CACCCUCCCCGCCAAAUUUAAAUAUAUAUCUUUUUUAUCUCUAACUAGUAACUAUUCAAUAAACCCUAGUUUCCCUUUUUUAACUCUUGAUUCUAUAUAUGCCCUCACUAAUUUCUGAUUUUGCAGGUCUAGUGUUCGAUAAAGCGAUUCGGAUCACAAAUUAAAAUCUAUUUGCUCCUCUUGGAGAAUAUGGCACAAGAUCAUUUAAUUAGUGAGGGAAAAGGAGGUUCGAUGUUAGUCCAGAACGAGCAUUUAGGAAGCCGUGAUCAAGAUUCGGUGUUUGGACAGAGUUGUAAUUUGGUAUUUCAACAGUCUAAUGAAAGCGUGUUGAGUUUGGGACACGAAAGUUACGAUGAUGUAAGCUUGAGGCUGGAUAAUGAGAGAGAAUUGUUGGUGGACUGUGAAUUAGUUCUUUCGCAAAUAAAAAAUCAUGGGGAUAAACAUGAGAAUGGAAAUGGAACGGAUCAAGGUAAAAGUGCUAAGCCCGAUGUUGAUUUAAAUGAAAUCGGCAUUGAGGAGUGUCGUCCUCAGUUGAAUGCUUAUGUAGAGAAUUAUGAGUUUGGUUUAUUAGAGAAUCAUGGAUUAACUAUUUUAGAGAAUUCUGAAGUUGACAAGAACUUGGAUAUUGUGCACCAAAAUGAUGAUAUGGGGAAUGCACUUCAUUCUGAUAUGUUUGAUCUUCCCUUGGUGGUUUCACCACCGGUCCUUCAAAGCAGGAGGCUUGUUACGGAUCCCGUCUUUGAAUUAGCUGUAGGGCAAACGUUUCCGGAUGUUUCAAGUUGUCGUAGAGUAAUAAAGGAGACUGCCAUUGCUCUUCAUUUUGAGAUUAUGACUCUUAAAUCUGACCAGACUCGCUUCACUGCUAAAUGUGCAACUAAGGGCUGCCCAUGGAGACUUCAUGCUGCAAAAAAUCCUGGUGUUCCUACUUGCACGAUUAGAACCAUGCAUGCAGAGCAUAACUGCGGUGGAAUCACACAUCUAGGUCAUCAACAAGCCUCGGUUCAAUGGAUUGCCAAUUCUCUGGAACAAAUUAUCAAGGAAAAUCCAAACUACAAGCCAAAGGAUAUAGUGGAAAAGAUUAACCGUGAUCACGGCAUCACCUUGUCAUAUAAGCAAGCCUGGAGAGGAAAAGAACGGGUAAUGGCUAUUCUCCAAGAGUCAACUGAAGGAGAUUAUCGCCUUCUUCCACAGUAUUGUGACCAAAUAAGACGAACCAAUCCCGGAAGCAUUGCAACAGUAUAUGUGAAUCCUGCAGAUAGUUCUUUCCAGCGCCUAUUUGUUUCCUAUCAUGCUCUAAUCUACGGGUUUCUAAAUGGCUGCAGGCCUCUACUUUGCCUUGACAGAAUUGUUCCAAAUAGCAAGCAUCUCUGCACCUUGUUAUAUGCUACUGGUUAUGAUGGUAAUGGGGAACUUUUUCCUUUGGCAUUUGGGGUCGUCGAGGAGGAAAAUGAUGAGAACUGGAUAUGGUUUCUGUCCGAGCUGCAUGAAUUGAUGAAAGCAAAAACUGAAUGCAUUCCAGAGCUUACAAUAUUGUCUAACAUGAAAAGGGGCAUUGUUGAUGGAGUGGAGCAGAGCUUCCCCACUGCAUUCCAUGGAUACUGCAUGCGCUUUCUUAUUGAAAGUUUUAAGAAAGAAUUCAACCACAAGAAACUUGCCAAUCUCUUCCUGGAAGCUGCCAAUGCUCUUACUAUCUUCGAAUAUGAAUCAAUAAUGCUGGAGAUCGGAGCCACAUCACAAGAAGCAGCUUCUUGGAUUCAACAACUUUCUCCUCAGUUAUGGGCGAAUGCCUAUUUCAAAGGUACAAAAAUUGGGCAAUUGACUGCUAAUAUUGUAGAAUCACUGGAUUCAUGGAUAGUAAAUGCUUGUAAGCUUCCAAUAAUACAAAUGAUGGAGUGCAUCCGUCGACAAUUAAUGACAUGGUUCUGUGAGAGACGUGAAGCUAGUACACAAUGGGCAUCCAUUCUUGUCCCUUCUGCGGAAAAGCUUGUGUCUGGGGCUAUUGAGUGUGCACGCACUUACCAGGUGUUCCGAGCGAAUGAGGCAGAAUAUGAGGUCUUAUCAGCUGAACUCCCAUUUAUUGUGGAUAUUCAGAAAUGUUGGUGUACAUGUCAAGGAUGGCAGCUGCUAGGAUUGCCGUGUUCUCAUGCUGCAGCAGCUCUUCUCUUCUGCAAUCAAACUGUUUAUCGUUUCACGGAGAGCUGUUAUACUGUAGCAGCUUAUCGCAAUGCAUACUCUGAGACGAUACAUCCUGUUCCGGACAAGAGACAAUGGAACCAAGCUGAUGAAAAUUCUGUUCCCAAUAUUGUUAUUAACCCACCUAAGUCUAUUCCACCUCUAUCUAAACCGAGAAAAAGGCGAGUUCGUUCAGCAGAUCUAGGUCGUGUAAAGCGGACUGUCCAUUGCAGCCGCUGCUAUCAACCCGGACACUUCCGAAGUACGUGUUCAACGCCUAUCUAGAUUAAUGACUGUAAAAAUGCUCUUUGUUAUUUAAAAAAUUUCUUAUUUCUUCUAGGCUCGGGUGAUUACUAGUUUUGUUAAAUACCUAUCAAGACUAAUGAUUCUACAACUCACAUGUUUCCAUCUGUGAAAACUUUGGAUUCUCAUUUGUUCUUAGUUACGGAUGGCUACAUGUACAUUGCUCUAUGAAUUAUUAGAACUGAAAAUAUUUGGAGAACCUUUUCUGCGA